AUGGUCAAGAAGGGCAAGGGAAAAGAUAAGGCCGCCGUCCCUACCCCGGCGGCGCAACCCGCUGCCGCUUCGUCGUCUAAGGAUGCCGCCAAGGGAAGAAAGGCUGGCGGCCAGUCUGCCAUGGAGCAGGCUGCUGGUCCUGUUUCUGGGAAGCCAACUGUCAAGCAAAUCAUUGGUGGAUCUUCAUGGACCGGGAAGCUACCACUGAACUUAUUCAACGAGUUCUGUCAGAAACAACAAUGGGAGAAGCCUGUUUACGAUGUCCGCAAAACCCCUGAGGGAUACGCAUGUUUCGUCACCAUUGCCGCCAAAGACCCAAAGACCCGAGAGCUGACAACUUUGGACCCUUUCAAAAUCCAUCCAGACUUCAAGCAUCUCGUCACUAGGCCUACCGCCUUAGAGGCAAGACACUGCGCCGCCACUUAUGCUUUGUUCAGAGUCUGCAGCAUGCAAAACAAGCACACCGUCCUACCGCCAGAUUACAAAUCUCUGUGGAAGGACUUCCAGGAAAUCAAGAAGCAGGACGUCAAGGACGGCAAGGGUUGGAUGUAUGAUGCGGAUCCCUUCAAGACGCUCAAGGAUCGGCAGGAUGCCAAAGCCGCCGCCGAGAAGAAACGAAAGGAAGCUGAGGCUGCGAAAGAGAGGGCAAAAUCCAAGCCCGGUGCAUCUGGAUUGGUCGUCAACAACGGACCCGGCGGAUCAAACGUGAUGAAGGGAUGGACGCAGGCCCCCAAGAUUGAGAUGGGCAAGCGCUCGCGAACGCAGAUUGAGGCUCUCAUUCAGAAAUAUGUCGUCUGGAACCCGAACAAGGUUCAGAUGUCGCCCGCCCAGCGAAAAGACAUCAUCGAAGAACUAAGCAAGCUGGGCUUCAGACGGAGCCACGUGGAAGAAGCAACGGAUAUCUGCAAGGACCGUGAGGAGACUCUAGAGUGGAUGCUCAUUCACGUCCCUGAGGAUGACAUACCAUCCUGGGCAUUGCCGGAGAGCUAUGCGGCAGGCAUAUCAGUUGCAUCGAUGGAUCUCAAGAAAGAAGCGGCAAUCAAGCGUCUGUCUGCAUCGGGUUACUCUCUCGACUUAUGCGCUCGUGUCUUCGAAGAGGCAGGCAAUAGCGAGGGAAGGGCCGCCGAGAUAUUGCAGCAGCGUCUAGUCGGACAAGUGUCCACAGACGCUCCGCAGGUGACGGUGGAGGAACUACUACCUCCGGGCAUGUCGAAAGAAGAGCUCUGGCAGGACGAAGUGGCUGCUAUGGAGUCUUCCUUCGGCGACCAUUUCAAGCAAUCUUCUUCCGACAUCAUCCAGAUCAAGCUUGAAUCGGUCGAGAAUGGAAACAAGUCGGUUGAAGCAGCUAUCCAGGUGCGGAAGUCACCCAACUACCCGGCUCGACUUGUCUUCUCCGUUGCUGCACAAUUGCCAGCGCAAAUCAAACUGUCCGUCAUCAAGCAAACUGUUGCCUUCCUCGACGAGUCUUACCGCGAAGAGCCUAUGAGAAUUUUCGUCGCCGUGGACUGGAUCCAACAAAACAUCAACGACAUCAUCGAACGGCCCGGAAAGUUGGUGGACAUCGCUGCUGUGGCAUCCACAGCAUCCGAGGUUCCGAAUGAGUCUCGGCCACGAAGAGGCAAUAGGCUGCAAAAACCUCCUAAGCCUAUCAUGUGGAAACCAGAUCCUCGGACACGUGAGGAAUGGUUGAGGAGACAGGAAGACUCUUCUUGGAAGAAGAUGAUAGCCAAACGCAAGACCCUUCCCGCGUGGCAAGUCCAGGAGGAUAUCGUCCGCAUCGUCGAUGAGAACCACGUCACCAUCAUCAGCGGUGAGACUGGUUCCGGAAAGUCGACCCAGUCGAUGCAGUUCAUCCUCGACGAACUCUACAGUAGAGGGCUUGGCAACUGUGCCAACAUGCUUGUCACUCAGCCCAGGAGAAUUUCUGCACUUGGUCUGGCAGACCGUGUGGCUGAAGAACGAUGCACCAGAGUUGGAGACGAAGUCGGAUAUGCGAUUCGUGGCGAGAACCGCAGGGGCAGUCAAACACGCAUUACGUUCGUAACAACUGGCGUGCUUCUCAGGAGACUUCAGACGUCUGGCGGCCGGAUCGAGGAUGUCGUCGCGUCGCUCGCCGAUGUUAGCCAUAUCGUCAUUGACGAAGUGCAUGAGCGCAGCUUGGACACAGAUUUUCUUCUAACCAUUGUCAGAGAGGUCAUGAAGACGAAGAAGGAUCUCCUGAAGUUAGUGCUCAUGAGUGCCACUCUAGACGCUGCGUCGUUCAGAAACUACUUCACCUCUCAAGGACUCAAUGUCGGCAUGGUGGAGAUUUCUGGUCGUACAUAUCCUGUCGAGGACUAUUAUCUCGACGACGUCAUCAAUAUGACAGGCUUUAUGGGGGAGGUCGGCGACUUUGACAGCUCCAAAGGCGAUGCCAUGGGAAAGACGAUUCAGAAGCUGGGCGCUCGUAUCAACUACGGCCUGCUCGGCGAGACAGUCAAGGCUAUUGAUGCUGAACUCUCCUAUGCUCAGAAAUCUGGUGGGAUCCUGAUCUUUCUCCCAGGUGUUGCGGAGAUUAAUCAGACAUGCAUUGCGCUGCGGACGAAUUCCUCGUUGCACGUGCUUCCACUUCAUGCUUCUUUGGAGACCAAGGAACAAAAGCGCGUCUUCGCUCCACCGCCUGGAGGCAAGAGAAAGGUUGUGGUUGCUACGAAUGUGGCAGAGACAUCUAUCACAAUCGACGAUAUUGUUGCCGUCAUUGACAGCGGAAAGGUGAAGGAAACAACCUACGAUCCCUUGAACAACAUGAGAAAACUCGAAGAAAACUGGGCGUCUCAAGCAGCAUGCAAGCAGCGGCGUGGUCGCGCGGGCAGAGUUCAAGCAGGCAAAUGCUACAAGUUGUACACGCGCAACCUCGAGCAGCAAAUGGCAGAACGGCCCGAGCCUGAGAUCAGGCGAGUGCCCCUUGAACAGAUGUGUCUUUCGGUUCGUGCGAUGGGUAUGCGGGACGUAGCAGCGUUCCUUGCUCAAUCGCCGACGCCACCCGAGAGCACCGCGGUAGAGGGAGCUAUCAAGCUGCUGCAAAGAAUGGGUGCGCUAGAUGGCGAUGAAAUGACAGCUCUGGGUCAGCAACUCGCCAUGAUCCCCGCUGAUCUUCGGUGCGCAAAACUCAUGGUGUACGGUGCCAUUUUCGGAUGCUUGGACGACUGCGUGACCAUAUCUGCGAUACUGAGCACUCGCAGUCCAUUCAUGUCACCCUCAGACAAACGGAACGAGGCAAGGGAGGCACGCAUGCGGUUCUCGCGGGGAGAUGGCGAUCUACUCACCGAUCUCGAAGCUUUCCAGCAAUGGGAACAGAUGAGAUAUGAGGGCGUGGGCCAGCGGCAACUGCGCUCCUUCUGUGACGUGAAUUUCCUCUCGUACCUGACGCUUUCUGAUAUCUCUGCCACGCGAUUACAGUACUACUCGUCACUUCGAGAGAUUGGGAUCGUUGGGGCCAGAGAGGUCACCUCGUCCCAAGGCCAGAGCAGGUCCGGAAUGGCGCUACUCCGCGCGCUCACGGCAUCAGCUUUCAGUCCGCAAAUCGCGCGUAUUCAGUACCCCGACAAGAAGUUUACUAGCACCGUCUCAGGUGCAAAGGAGUUGGAUCCCGAAGCCCGUAUGAUCAAGUACUUCACCCAGGACAACGGGCGAGUGUUUGUCCAUCCCAGCAGCACGUUGUUCGACAGUCAGGGGUUCUCUGGAAAUGCGACGUUCAUGUCGUAUUUCACCAUGAUUUCCACCAGCAAGACGUUCAUUCGGGACCUGACACCCUUCAACUCGUACACAUUACUUCUGUUCUCGGGUGCCAUCACGUUGGAUACGCUGGGAAGAGGACUCAUGGUCGAUGAGUGGGUGCGGCUUCGAGGCUGGGCGCGACUGGGAGUCCUGGUAUCAAGACUUCGUGUCGACACCAACAUCAAUGGUGGUGAGCUCGCCACAGCCAUGAAGCUUACUACGCCACAUGCGAAAUGGGCCGCCUUUGCCAUUAUCGCGUCGCGUAUGGCCCUGGCGGAAGUUCGACCUGCCUUCAUCAACCCAGAGGCUCUCCUACAAGAUUCCCUGUUCAAGGGCCCUUGGGAGAGGUAUAUCCAAGCACCCGAGGACAAAUCCCGAAUUGUUCCCUAUCGAAUUUGGGAAGUUGAAGGGAACAUCACCACUUCGCAUCGGACAGUUGAGGUUGGGGCCGCGGCGGCAUAUACAUUCGAACAUGGUAUCACUAUUGGGCCCGGCGGCGAGCUGACGCUCGAAUUCGAAGAGAACAUCUCUGGCCGCGUAUGCCUCGACGUUUCCUCCGUCGGCAACGACCCCGAGAUCUACCUGGCUUACUCCGAAUCCUCCCUCUUUGCAGGACCGAUCCCGGACGCCACGACAGACCAACAAGAGCGCGACCUACCCUUACUCUUCAAAUUCGAUGAUGAUACUGGCACUGUCUGCGUGGGGAAAGACUUCAUACGGGGCGCCUUCAAGUAUCUCACGCUUCAAAUGCCCGAGUAUCCUGUACUGUCGAGCAGAGUGGUGGUAAAAAAGGCUAGUGAGCAGGAUCAAGCAGUUUUGGGAGGCGAUCAACCGCCGCUUGAACCCUCCGACAGAAACCCUUACGACAAGCCAUGGGUGACACUCAAGGGUCUAUGGGUCAAUUGCACAGCAUUUCCGUCGCAAUCGAACGGCCGAGCGUAUUCGGGAUACUUUCACAGUUCCAGCAACAUGCUCAAUCGCAUCUGGUACUCCGGCGCAUACACCCUUCAGCUUUCGACUAUAGACCCCAAAGAAGGGUCGUCUAUAAUCGACUACAACCGCAACAUUGACCACAAUGAGUCACCCACGGGAUCUUGGUAUUCGAACUUUACCAUUGCAAAUGGCUCUGCCGUGACGACUGAUGGAGCAAAGCGCGAUCGCGUUGUCUGGCCUGGUGACAUGUACAUCGCUGUGCCGGGCAUCGCGGUCAGUACUUACGAUAUGGUUGCCAUCCGCAACGCCCUCGACGUCCUGUUUGAUCACCAGUAUCCCGACGGGUCCUUGCCGUACGCAGGUCCCCCUUUGGGCUAUCGCGGGGAGUUCAGUGAUACUUACCACCUGCAUACUCUGCUUGGUGCCUACAAUUAUGUCACGUUUUCUGGGGACCUUGACUGGCUUGCAAAGCGCUGGCCUGCGUACGUUAAAGCUCUGAAUGUGAGCAUUGACAAGGUCGAUCACACCGGCCUGAUGCAUGUUACCAGUGGCGCCGAUUGGUUACGGCCUGGUAUGACGGGCCAUAAUCUUGAAGCCAGCGCCAUCCUCAGCACGGUGCUGGACAAGAGCGUCAAGCUAGCCAAGUGGCUGGGUGAUGAUCGCCCGGCUGCGCGACCCCGCGGCGUGUGGUCCGGAUUACGCGCCGUUAUGAAUGCCGGCCUCCAGCAACUGUUUUGCGAAGACACCGGCUUGUACUCCGACAACAUCGGGAGACGCAGCUGCCGAGGACCAGAGCACACCGACCCGCAAGAUGGCAACAGCUGGGCUCUGAUUUCCGGCGCAACUCAUUACUCUCGCGGGUUGCUCGUCUCUCGCAACCUGCGGUCUCGCUGGACCAAGUACGGCGCGCCCGCCGUCGAAUUCCCCAACACAAUCUCGCCAUUCGCAUCUUCGUUUGAGCUUCUUGCUCACUCCGCCGCUGACAACCACGAUGCCGCCGUUGAACUGAUGCUCCUAGAGUGGGCAUACUUACUCGAAGGGCCAGGGUUCACCAACUCAACUCUCGCAGAAGGCUUCCGUAUCGACGGUGACGUGCAGUACCCGGCAUACUGGUCCGCUGCUCGUAAUUCUCACUGCCACGGUUGGUCCUCGGGUCCAACGACCGUUCUUACCAGCGAGAUUCUAGGUAUUCAGCUCCUUGCUCCAGCAGGGUCUGAAUGGACCGUUCGGCCGCACCUGACGAAGUGGCUUGGCUUUGCCAGAGGCGGCUUUGCCACAGCCCAGGGCGUUUUCGAGGUCAAACUCACCCGCGUGAUAACAUCUACAUCGUCUUCUGCCAAUAACCAACAGUCGCAAAGACGUGGACAGAUUGUUGAGAUAAUAGCCCCUCAGCAUACCAUCGGCACCUUCCAAUGGACACCGUCUUCGACCGAGGUCGAAAUCGAGGGCGGUCGCAAAACAGCCUGGAUCGCAUGGGAGGACGACGGGCAGACGCCUGGCUCAAAGAGCGUUAUCGAGCAGCUCGACAUCACCCUUGGCCGAAUUGAGGCCCCAAGCGACGAGGAAUGGCACCGCCAGAGCUUCAUUUACCGUGACGAUACGAGGCUAGUAUAUGACGAGUCCUACCACGCUCCAGAUGUCGAAGAGCGAGAGGCUGGUGUGGUUGACUGGGAUGCGCUGGAAGCAAACUAUGUCCGGCCGUCAAUGUGA